AACAUCGACAGCAAAAACUACAAAUGCACCGUCAUCAUUUACGAGUACAACGCCUAGAACCACUAUUGAGACGACACAAUCUACCGUUGUAAGUACGCCACUGUAUUCUACUUUUAAAACUACACAGGUGCCGUCUACAGUGAUGACUACACCCUCGACGAUUAGGAGUACACAGCCUUCAACUAUUUCAACAACAACGCAACCUACGUCCACGGUAAGAACUACAGAGGUGGCAUCUACAGUUGAAACAACACGGCCCGUGACUACGGUAAAAAGCACACAGUUGCCAACCACAUUGAAGACUACUCUGCUGUCAUCUACAGAGAAAACAACACGGGCGCCGUCAACAGUUAAAACUACAGUUAAAACGUUUCAGCCCACAACACAGCCACCAUCUACGGUGGAAACUACCCAGUCUCAAUCUACGUUGAAAACUACACAGCGGAAAUCUACGGAGAAAACUACACCGCAUGCGUCAACGGAGACAACUAUUCAGACUACGACUACACAGUCUCCAUCUACGUUGAAAACAACACAUCCUACAACAACGAUAGAAACGACACAAUCUUUAUCCACGGCGAAAACUACACAGGCGCCAUCUACGAUUGUUUCUACGCAGUCUCCCUCUACAGUGGAAACUACGAAGUAUUCAUCUACUGCUAGGACCACACAAUCUACAACCACAUUGGACACAACACAAUUUUUAUCUUCGGUAAAAACAUCAAUUCCUCCGUCUACGGAGAAAACUACACAACCCGAAUCUACCGUGAAAACAACGGAGUCUACUUCUACAGUCGAAACCACACAGCCUACGUCUACGAUGAAAACUACGAAGCCUACAUCUACGGAAAACACAACAGAGUCUUUAUCUACGUUGAAAACUACACAGCUUGUGUCUACGGUGAGAACGACACCCUAUUCAUCGUCAGUCGAAACGACCCAGCUGUCGUCUACUGUCAAAACGACACAACCGCCAUCUACCGUGAAAACUACACAGCCUAAAUCUACGGUGAAAACUGCACAAUCUACUUCUACGGUCAAAACCACACAGCCAACGUCUACGAUUGUAACUACACAGCCUACCUCUACGCGGAAAACAACACAGCCUGUGUCUACGGUAAGAACGACACCUUUUCAAUCGACGAUCGAAACGACACAGCCGUCAUCUACUGUAACAUCUACACAGCCUAAAUCUACUGUGAAAACGACACCGUCUUUAACUACGUUAAAAACCACACAGCCUGCGUCUACGGUGAGAACUACACACUCUCGAUCGACGAUUGAAACGACCCAGCUGUCAUCUACAGUCAAAACGACACAACAACAAUCUACAGUCAAAACAACGCAGUCUCUAUCUACCUUAAAAACUACACAAGCUCCUUCAACGUUGAAAACUACACAGCCUACGUCUACGCUAGGAACUACACAGUCUACGUCUACAUUGAAAACUACACAGCCUACGUCCACGAUGAAAACUACACAGUUGCCAUCUACUAUCAAAACCACGCAUCAAAUCCCUGUUAUAACAACCCUCUCAACGACUUCAAAGGACAUAACAGUUAUGACAACACUUCCAACAACAACCACCAGUACUCCACAACAAAACACAUCAAUAACAGUGCUGGCAACUACUACUCUCUCACCAACACCAACAACCAGGAUGACUACUACAACACCACAGAGAACAACCAUGAAUACAACGGCGUCGCGAACAACACAAGUGACAACGGCGACGACAACGUCUGUACGAGCUUGUAAUUCAGGGUGUGAUGAGCUUGCCGAAGCCCUAUCCAAUGGGACAUGCCUGUGCAAAAAGGGAUUUUCAGGAGACGGUUUGACUUGUGAACUCGUUUCCAGUGGCUUUUCUCAAAGCAUCAUAAUGACUGGGCUGUCGUACACGACUACUCUGGCUGACUGCACAUCCGAUGAUUUCAUUUCUACCAAGAAGCAGACAGAAACCACGAUCACCGAAAUCUACUCUGAAAGUACCGUCGCUGAACACAUCUACUCAGUCACCGUGACGUCAUUCCGGAUGGGAAGCCUCAUCGCAGAAGCCGUCAUCGUAACGGACGCAGCUGCAAACCUUACCUAUGAUGUUAUGGAGCGAGCAUUCAUCGACUCUCUUGGGAUUGACCUAGAUGUCGACACAGCAGAGCUUUGCUACCGAGACUACUGUUUUAAUGGCGGCGAAUGUACAGUCGUCAACAGGUCGAGGACCUGCGUGUGUCCUUCAUCACACACGGGUGACAGAUGCGAGACCCGUAUCGUUGAUGGUGAGUUCGGUCCAUGGAGCGAAUGGAGCAACUGUCUGUCUACUUGUGGGGAAGGAUCACGCAUGCGCACACGAGAGUGUGACAGCCCGCCUCCUAGCGCGGGUGGACGAUACUGCAGCGGACUAUCGGUGGAAUUCCAGCCCUGUGACCUCCCACCUUGUACAGACGGACACAUCGACUGGUGCGACCCAGCAGAAGACCGGUGCGGACAGUCGUCGGGGGCCGGAUACUGCUUUCUAGACUUUCCCGACUACGACUGCUACUGUAACCAUGGCUACGAGAUAAUCCUCAAUAACAAUGACACAGAGUUCGUCAGAUGUCAGGACAUAGAUGAAUGCGCAACAGGGAUGAAUGAUUGUCAUCCUACCUUGGCAACGUGUACCAACAGCAUAGGGAACUUCACUUGCCAGUGUAUAGAAGGGUACCAAGGAGACGGCGUUAUAUGUGAAGAUAUUGACGAAUGUCGGGAACUGGCAGACACCAACUGUGAUGCGCAUGCGUCCUGUGAGAAUCAAGAUGGCGGCUACACCUGCAGCUGUAACCUCGGAUACAGCAGUACGUCUGCGCAGGGGACAGGCUUCGUGGGAGAGUGCAAAGAGGACCGUCUGUUCCCUUUCGGCGAGGCCGUGAACGAUACUUUGUUAAUCAUCCGGAAAGAAGACUCGGGCGAGUCCAUCUCUCCUCCCGUCAACAUUCCGUACGGACUUCCGGUUCCGGGCGGACUGUGCAAUGAUAUAUGCGUCUCGGAAAACGGCAUCGCAAUUGCAACGAAUGGAAGAAACCACUUCAACAUCCCGAGCCUGCGCAACCCUGGCAGACUGAAGGACGUUUUGAAGCACAACAACACGGACAUCUGCGCUAUCUUCUCACCGUUCUGGGCAAACAACCGUUUCCAGCAGCUCAUAGCACAGAUGGAUCCAAAGGUGUGGUAUAACUCAUACACCAAUGACAGCAACGGAAUCAUGACUCUGGUCAACAAUGCCAUCAGAACCACCGACCCUACGGCUGCUAACUUCACCGCAUCUUUCGUCUUCAUCGCCACGUGGCAGCGGAUGGUUCCAACGUGGCUAACCGAUGGAGUGGAGGAAAACACAUUCCAAGCAGUUAUAGCCACGGACUACAGGCGCACGUACACCAUGUAUCGCUACAAGGACGGCCACAUGACCUGGGUUCCAGUCUACCCCGUAGACGUCUACUACCUUAGUGGUUACCCAGUAAGGAUCGGGUACGUGGUGAGAACGCAGAGCGGUACGUACGCCAUAGAAGACAGGAACUCUGCCUGGUGGAGUCGUAACGACAACGACGUGAACGCGUAUCGCGUGGACCAGAAAGUCUGUCCGUCUACAGGAAAGAAGGGGCAGAUCUUCCAUCGAGUGGACGAAAAUGGAGAGGACUACAUCAACGCUAAACUCGCAUGUGACGACUGGUUUAGGAGUGAACCUGAUGUAGAAGACUACGCGCCCAACUUAGUCGGUACGUGUCCGAGGUACGAAGGCCAGGCUAGAGCGGAGACCGGCCGCUGGGUGCUUACCUCUCAGGACCGCCAGGGGGCGUGCUUCACCACGCCUUUCAGUCUGUCAACAGGAGGUAACUACGAGUGUUGUUACGACGACAUGGGCGCACUGAUCGACUCUCCCAACAGGUUCAACUCCAGGGCUGGUACCUUGCAUCGCUACAGAAAGGAUAUGAAUAGAGACAGUCACUAUUACAAGAAGGACUACCUACCAAGAAUCUGGUGUUGUCAGAUGUCGGACGACAACUCGUGUAUCAAGUUCAGGAGGAAAAGACCAAUGGCGUCAUCUACACGCUACCAAAGGGCACAGCUUGCUUCUGGACUUGGAGAUCCCCACAUGACUACACUUGACGGAACCGAGUUCUCUUUUAACGGUUACGGUGAGUAUCUCCUGCUGCGGAACACCAGCAGCGCCCCCUACAGUUUGGAACUGCAGGCACGCACCAAGCGACCGAUCAUUAACGGUGUUGAAGUUCAGGCAACCGUCUACAGUGGAAUUGCAAUCAAGCAACCUUCUUACACUGUUGAAGUACAUUCAACCGACAACGCACCGGGAUUCUAUGUUGUUGUUGAUGGACAAGAAAUAUCUUCAUCUGAUGUCUCUCUGGGAACAACUUUCAACGAUGGACGGAUCUUGCCAAUGAAUGACAAGGCUGGAAACCUGACAGGAGUCCUCGUCACGUGUCCGUCCGGAAUCUCCAUCUCCGUCAAAUCGCACGACAACUCCCUCAGCUACGCUCUGGGCAUACCGGCAGACAUGGCGGGCAAGGUGCAAGGGAUUCUGGGAAAUGCAAAUGGCGACCCCUCCGAUGACUUCACCAUUCCAGAUGGGUCAUUGACCGCGGUGUCAAAUGUGAACUCUCCUGCUGAAUCAGAAUUGUUUCCUUUCGGACAGGCUUGGUCACUAAGGAACGUCAGUUCUAAUGAAGGCGUCGACGUCUCCUCAAUGACACUUUUCACACGGUAUCCUGCCGGCACAUCCGCUACUACCUACGGAGACGAUAGUUUCGUCCCCAAGUUCUUUACCAUCGAUCUGGACUCCCUAUUUGACGGGAACUUGGCCCUAAAAGACCAGGCCAUUACAGCUUGCGGGGGAGAAGACAAAACUGCCUGUCUACAUGAUGUUGCCGUCACGGGCAUCAUCGACAUUGGAGUUGCCACUGGACAAGAGUUGUUGACUUUUCAGGAAACAAACACUUUGAUAGCUAAUAACCCCCCUACGUUGACUGGACCGAGUGACAUACGUCUACGUGUUGGGGAAACAUUCACAACACUUCUACAAGCCGCCGAUGAAGGACCAAGUGUUCAAAUAACACUGAAUGGUGUGGGUACCUUAUCUCAGACCGGUAGUCUACAGGCAACGUUCGUGUGGAUCCCGACUAGUACGGACAAAGCAACUAUCAGUUGGAUGGCCUCCGAUCGUCUGAACGCAACUGUCGCCUUCGUUCCCCAAAUUACGGUUUGCGGCUGCGUAAAUGGAGGAACGUGCGAUUACGACAACGUUGUUGACCGAGACGAAGGUUUCGCCCCUGCUGCAUGUUUGUGUCCAAGCGGUUGGGGAGGCCCACUUUGUGAGGUGGACAUGGACGGGUGUGAUGGAAACCCUUGUUUUCAAGGUGUCACCUGUACGGACCAGCCGGCACCUCUAGCGGCCGGGCAGAAGGGUUACACGUGCGGCCCGUGUGUGAAUGGCCUGGCCGGGGACGGCGAGCAAUGUGCAGAUGUGAACGAAUGUCUGUUGGAUGUUAACGACACUGCGGCACACCAGUGCGUGAAUGCUGAGUGUGUCAACACCGCAGGCUCCUACACCUGUGUGUGUCUCCAAGGCUUCCACAAGGAGGGCGACUCCCACGUGUGUUGGGACAUCGAUGAGUGUCGUCAGCCCACCCAGAAUGACUGUGACGAUCGCCAUGGCUACUGCACCAACACGGAGGGCAGUUAUACAUGUGGCUGCCACCCUGGAUAUCAGCUUCAAAGUGAUGGGAAAACCUGUGCAGACAUAGAUGAAUGCCUUGACAACAAUGGUGGGUGCGACCGUGAGUGCAUCAAUAUGGAUGGGUUCUACGAGUGCGCAUGUGGAACUGCUUACUAUCUCCACUCGGAUGGACAAACAUGCCUAGAACUCGACGAAUGUGACACCGGAAGUAAGUGCGAACAAAUCUGCGACGACCGAGUGGGCUAUUACGAGUGUCGUUGUCACCCCCUGUUUAAUCUCGCUCCAAACGGCAGAACCUGCUUUGCUAACGCCACGUGUGGGGAAGGAAACAAAUGUCAUCCACAACCUAUCGGAGCAUGCGCAGUGAACACUACCGGGGCAGAGAAUUGCUUCUGUGACCAAGGAUACAGGCUGCAGCCGGACAAUUCGUGUGUUGAUAUUGAUGAAUGUGCCGAAGGGACUCACAAAUGUGACGCGAACGCCAAAGAAUGUCGCAACACUCCCGGAAGUUACGACUGCAUCUGCAAAGUGGGGUAUAGCUUGUCGACAGCACACGGCAGACGGCAGUGUUACAACAUUCACGAGUGUGACGUCAACAACGGUAACUGCAGCCAAAUGUGUGUAGACACGGAGGGGUCGUUCUACUGCAGAUGUCUAAUGGGAUACUACCUGGCCGCAGACGGAAAGACGUGUAUAAAUAUUGACGAGUGUGCCUCCAACGUUACCAAUGACUGCAGUACCAAUGCCGUCUGCCAGGACGAAGAUGGAGGCUACCGCUGUACAUGUAACCCUGGUUACGAGGGGGAUGGCUCGCUCUGCGGAGAUAUCAACGAAUGUGUACGAAAUGGUGAAAACGGACAAGGUGGUUGUAAAGUCGGCUGUCAGAAUGUGCUCGGAUCGUACGUUUGUGUAUGUGGCAAAGGAUACGUCUUGGCCAAUGACAGUGUUUCGUGCGAAGAUCAAGACGAGUGCUUGGAGUUCCCAUGUGAUCACGACUGUACAAACAGUAUUGGGUCCUACACCUGUUCAUGUAAUAACGGAUACAACCUGGACAAAGACGGACACACCUGCGUAAACACAGAACCUGCUUGUAACCAUGGAUGUCACGAACACGGGGAGCUGGUGUAUAACGGCACACAUGAGUACUGUCAGUGCAAACGUGGCUGGAAGGGAGACGGCAAGACCACGUGCAAAACAGACUCCGCCGCGUUCUCCAAUACCUUACAGCUUCACGACCUUGUCUACAAUGCCAAGCUAGCCGACUGCAAGACGACAGAGUACCAAAAUAUGAAGGAGCUGAUAGAAUUCACAUUGACCCGUUUGUUUGAGACGCACGUCAACCGGACCAUCCGGUCAGCGUUCAUGGCCGCGUCCGUGUCGGACCUGAGAAACGGCAGUGUUGUGGCCAACACCAUGCUGACCACUGUCCCCUCCGUACAUCUGACCAAGGCUGAUAUCACACAGGCCUUCAUACAGGGGGCCGGAAACACGUCUGUUGAUCUACUCGGCAUGAACGUGUCCUUCGUCUCAACCAGAGGUAAUUUAUAA